AUGGGUGAUGUUCCGGUCCAACCAGCCCGUCCACCCCGGGAUGGACACUGGCGUCACAGGUCCCUGCUGCCCGCUGCCUCUCACAAGGAAAGUGGACCCACCAUGGGACCCGCUGCCCCUGUUGGCCACGCUCCAAGGCCCUGCAGAUGUUCUGGUGCCAGUGGGAGUCUCCCAACCCGUGUCCACCUGCUGAGCGGUGCAACCCUGGGGAUGUGGCUGUGCCUCCUGCUCCUGAUGGCUGCCUGCGUGCCCACCUCCACCUCCAGCCCUGGUAUCAAGGGCCGGGUGACCCGGAGUGCUCUGGAAUAUGGCCGGAGCUUUGGGCUGGAUCUGCUCCGCUCGCUGCUGCAGAAGGAGCACAAUGUGAACCUACAGGGCUCCUACCAGGCCCCAUUCCUGAGGAGACUCAACUACACCGUGCCUCAGAUCCACAUCCACGAGCUGCAGAUGAACGACUCCACCGUGGACUUUGCUGAGGAUGUGGGUGUGCAGCUGACAGUGCAGCGUGCCCGGAUCCAGCUCAGUGCCACCUGGCGAGCACAGCUGGGUGCUUGGCGGGACAGCGGCUCGCUGCGGCUGCGUAUCAGGGACCUGGCGGUGGCUGUGCUGCUGGGGCUGGGUGCUGAUGAGCAGGGCCAGCCCUCCAUGUGGGCUGCAGGCUGUGACGCCCGCGGCACCGACCUGCGUCUGGAGUUCCACCAGGGACAGAGCUGGCUGUACAACCUCCUGGUGCCGCUGCUCCAGAGAACCCUGAGGCAGCAGCUCAACAAGCAGCUCUGUGUCGAGAUCCAGAAGGGCAUUGGCAGGCUGCAGGACAGCCUGAAGAACGUGCAAGUGUCUGCUCAGCUCGACCCCUUUGCUGCCAUUGACCUCUCGUUGCUGGGACAGCCAGCGAUCACAAAGCAGCACGGGGACGUUGACCUCAAGGGAGAGUUCUUUGGGGUACGCGGGCGGUGGCAGAGCCCUUUCUCAGCACAGCCUGUGGAGCUGCCUGAGCUGCAGGAGCCCAUGCUGCUGGUGGCUGUCACCGAGUUUGUCGCCAACACUGCAGCCUUUGUGUAUUUCACAGCCGGAGCUCUGCGCAGGAACAUCACUGCUGAGAUGCUCCCACGGCGCUUCCCCCUGAAGCUGAACACAGAGAGCAUGGGGAGCUUCGCCCCGCAGCUGCAGCAGCACUUCCCCAGCCGCCCUGUGGAGCUGCACCUCUGGGCCCGCCGGCAGCCCCUGCUCUCCUGCCAUCCCAACGCCCUGCAUGGGGCUCUCUUCGGCUCUGCUGAGGCCUUCGUGGUGCUGCCCAAUGCCACCCGAGUCCCUGCCUUUCUGCUGAACAUUGAUGUCAAUGUGACAGGGAAGCCAACCAUUGCUGGGAACAGGCUGGGGGGCACAGUGGGGCUGAAGAGCCUCAGCGUGGUGCAGGUGAUGUCGUAUGUGGGCCCACUGCAGCUCUGCUAUCCCUGCAGAGCGGCUCCGUCCCGGCAUCCCGCUGCCCACCCCGCAUGGCAUCACCCUGCUGCACCCACGCCUGUCAUUGCACAAGGGCUUCGUGCUCAUCGCCACAGACCUGCACUACAAGCCUUGAGACCUGCAUCUGUGUGGGAAGACGCAGGCACUGUACGCUGUAUUGCAUCCCCAUCCCUGUCCCCAUCCCACUGGCAUCUCAUGCCCUCACAGCCUCGGCUGAGCACAACACCCAGCCCAGCAGGGGUUACCAGGAUGCCUCCGGCUAUGCUCCGUUGUCCUCGCAUUGGGGGCACAGCACGAGGACGGACACAGGAGCCCGAUCCCAGGGAGGAGAAGCAGAAGAGAUGA